CAGCCUUACACAGCUCAGCCGCUCAGCCAAGCACAGUAAGGGCUGGUUGAAGAACGAGAGAGAUCAGUAGCAGGACAACAAGAGAACAGAAUCAGUGAGAAGAUAAUUGUCUACAAAAGCCAAUUCCUGGAUUGGUUUUAUUUGGCAAAAUAAACGGGGGUACAGAUGGUACACACUGGACCUGUCCUGAAUGGUGAUUUACUUUACUCACUCAAAAAACAGAUGUAGGACUUCAUAUACUUGAGGAUUUAAAAUUAAACUGAUUGGACAACAAACAGGAAUGUUAACAGUGAAACAGAAGCGCAGGAUGAAGCUCUUUCUUUAUGUCAGAAACAGCUGAUGAUGAAGAGCUCGGCUUCUUUCAGAGCUAUGGCAAGUUCUUCAGUGGACUCUAAUUUCUCCAGCAACCACUCAGCUUCGACUCUGACAGAACUGUUCAACUGCAGCAACGAUGAGUCAUACAAGUACAUUGUGUUGCCUUUAUGCUACUCCAUCACGUUUCUGCUCAGCGUCAUCCUAAACUCCACCGUUCUCCUGCGCUCAUACCGUGGCGCCCACCGUUGGAACGCCUCUUUGAUUUAUAUGGUCAACCUGGCCUCCACUGACUUGAUGUACAGUCUGUCUCUGCCACUCCUGGUGGCCAGCUACGUUAUGCGUGACCACUGGGUGUUUGGGGACUUCAUGUGCAGGUUGGUGCGCUUCCUCUUUUACUUUAACCUCUACUGCAGCAUCUUCUUCCUCACCUGCAUCUCUGUGCACCGCUACAUGGGCAUCUGCCACCCCAUCAGGACCAUUGCCCUGGAAAGCAAGCGCGCUGUGAAGAGCGUAUGCGCCAUGGUGUGGGUCACGGUGUUCCUACUGACCUGCCCAAUCUUUCGUUUUGCCCAAACUGGCAAAGUCAUGAGGGUGGUAGAAAAUGCGGAUGGAGGAAACUUGGGUUCAAGGCAGAGGCUAAGCAGAGCAGGACUGGAGAUGUAUAGGAACUGCUUUGACGUUGCAACAGACAAUGAAUUCUCAGAGUAUGUCCCAUAUGGAAUUGUUCUCCACCUGCUGGGCUUCUUCGUUCCCUUCACCAUCAUUGCGUGGUGUUACUCACAGGUGGUGAGAACCAUAUUUCAGACCCUGCACACCCAGCCAUAUGUCCAGGAGUUUGGAGAUACUGAAAGUGGCCCCAGUGAGGACAGAUAUAGGACGUCCAUUUCCAUCGCUGGCUCUCAGUACUCUCCACACAUCAGCAGACGCCGCAAGUCCAUCAAGACUAUCAUCACCAUCACCUUCCUGUUCGCGUUGUGUUUCCUACCGUUCCACAUCACCCGGACUCUGUUCCUCAUCCUCAAACAGAGGAACGCAGAGUGCAACACCAUGCACGCCAUCUCCGUCUGCUACAAGAUCACUCGACCCCUGGCGUCCUGCAAUUCAUGGCUCAAUGCUCUGCUCUACUUCCUCACCGGGGACAAAACCAUCCCUUGCUGUGGAUGUACAAAAGGCAAUGCUCACACACGUCUCAUUUGGCCAUUGAGUAUUUUCAGAGGACUGAAAAAGCAAGAAGGUGGAGAGCAACAGGGAAAAACAUGCAAACCUCAAUCGUGAGAAUUAUCCAAAGUCCUCGAGGGUCAUGCCUACACUCUUAAAAAUAAUGGUGCCAAAAAUGGUUCUUUGCUACAAUGCCAUAGACGGAUUACUUUUAGCUACCUAAAAAGUUUUU